AUGAUCCGCAUCUCGCUGCUAGCGCACCUCACCCUCCUCCUCGCACUCGUCCACGCGGUCGUCUCGCAUCAGCAUCCAUUCUCGGCCGCACAAGACGCCACCACCACACCACGAACACAGUCCGAUGUCCCUCAACCGCCACUCUUCCCAUCUCGAGAGACCGCCGACGUCCGGCGCAUCGCCAUUGUCGGCGGGGGCCCCUCCGGCACAUCUGCAGCAUACUUCCUUUCCACCGCCGCGUCGCACCUCUCUUCCCUCAACCACACCACCACCCUUUCUAUGACCCUCUUCGAGCGAUCCCCCAUCCUCGGUGGGCGAGCGGCCAUCACGCACCCCUACACCAACACCUCCUACGACCCCAUCGAGCUCGGAGCGAGCAUCUUCGCCGAUGUCAACUACAACCUUCGCCGGGCGGUGCAGGACUUCAAACUGGACACAGGCGCACAUACGGGUGUUGGUGGCGAAACGGGUAUCUGGGAUGGUCAGCAGUUCCUAUUCACUGGCGACCAGGGGAGUUGGUGGACGAGCGCGAGGUUCUUUUUGAGGUAUGGGUAUGGGGCGGUGACAACGCAGGGGUUGGUGGCGAGGCAAUUGGGGUGGUUCAGCGGGCUGUAUCGGGCGCCGUUUCUGCAUUCGAGGGAGAGGGAGGGGGAGAAAGAGAGAAAGGAGACGGUGUCCGGGUACCCAUGGUCUACCGUAGGCGAGCUUGCAGAGGCUGUGAACGCAUCGAGUUUGGUCGGCCAAACAGGCAUGGCGUUCCUCAAGGACCAUCGAGUGGGCGAACUGUUCAUCGAGGAGAUGGUCGAGGCUGCGACGCGGGUGAACUAUGCCCAGGAUACGGAUGCGAUUCAUGCCUUUGGGGCCAUGGUCAGCCUCGCUGCGUCCGGAGCGACAGGCGUCAAGACGGGCAACUUUCGCAUAUUCGAAGAGUUCGCCAAGCGGAGCGGCGCACGCAUCCUCACUGGCGUGGAAGGCGAAGUGACGGGUCUCAUCCGCUACCCGACGGCCAACGGGACCAAGUGGUAUGUAGGCUCAAAGAGCGGCGAAGGGGAGCUGUUCGAUGCAGUCAUCCUCGCCACGCCGUGGCACAACAGCGGGAUCACGCUGCUCAACACGCCGCACCGAGUUAAAGGUGUACCGUUCGUCCAUCUGCACGUCACGCUGCUUACCACCAGUCGCACCAGCCCACGCGGGUCCUACUUUGGCAUGGGCGAGAACGACGCUGUGCCACGGACCAUCCUCACUUCGUCCGAGAGCGUCCGUCGUGCCAAAGGCGACACCUCCAAAAAGGGCCCUCGUCUGGAAUUCUUCUCCCUCACCUACCUGCGCAGCGUCACGCACCCGCAGGACGGGGGUAAGGAAUGGGUUGUCAAGAUUUUUUCCCCCUCCGCCAUCCCCGUCUCUUUGCUAGACUCCCUCUUCGGCGAUUCGAUCUCGUGGGUUCAACGCCACGAAUGGGACAGCUACCCUCAACUGCAUCCCACCGAUCGCUUCCCGCACAUCGAGAUCGACGACAAUCUCUACUACUCCAACGCCCUCGAGAGCCUGGUGAGCACCAUGGAGACGUCCACCGUCGCCGCCAAGAACAGCGUCGCGCUGCUCAUGAAGAAGUGGUUUGGCGAUGCGUUUGUCAAUGGUAAAGGGUGUAGGUAUGGCGUGGGCGAUUGGGGGAGGGAUCCGAUGGAUGGCGAAAAUUGGGCGGGGUGGGGAUGCGAUUCCGGUUGA